AUGGGGCGGAGGGCGCGGGGCCGGCGGCUCCAGCAGCAGCAGCAGCAGCAGCGGCCGACGCGCGCGGAGGGCAGCGCCGAGGGCGGGGGCAAGCGUCAGGAGGCGGGCUGGGAAGGCGGGUACCCCGAGAUCGUCAAGGAGAACAAGCUCUUUGAGCAUUACUAUCAGGAACUCAAGAUCGUGCCAGAGGGCGAGUGGGACCAGUUCAUGGAAGCGCUCAGGGAGCCCCUCCCGGCCACUUUGCGAAUUACUGGCUACAAAAGCCACGCAAAGGAGAUUCUCCAUUGCUUAAAGAACAAGUAUUUCAAGGAAUUGGAAGACCUGGAGGUGGAUGGUCAGAAAGUUGAAGUUCCACAGCCCCUGAGCUGGUAUCCUGAAGAACUUGCCUGGCACACAAAUUUAAGUCGAAAAAUCUUGAGAAAGUCUCCACAACUGGAAAAGUUUCACCAGUUUCUGGUUAGCGAAACCGAAUCUGGAAAUAUCAGUCGUCAAGAAGCCGUUAGCAUGAUUCCACCACUGUUACUCAAUGCUCACCCUCACCAUAAGAUCUUAGAUAUGUGUGCAGCGCCUGGAUCAAAGACCACGCAGUUAAUUGAAAUGUUACAUGCCGACAUGAAUGUCCCUUUCCCAGAGGGGUUCGUCAUUGCGAAUGAUGUGGACAACAAGCGCUGCUAUCUGCUCGUUCAUCAGGCCAAAAGGCUGAGCAGCCCCUGCAUCAUGGUGGUCAACCACGAUGCGUCCAGCAUACCUAGACUCCAAAUAGAUGUGAAUGGGAGGAAAGAGAUUCUCUUCUACGAUCGCAUCUUAUGUGACGUCCCUUGCAGUGGAGAUGGCACUAUGAGAAAAAACAUUGAUGUCUGGAAGAAGUGGACGACCUUAAAUAGCUUGCAGCUGCAUGGCUUACAGCUGCGGAUUGCAACACGUGGUGCUGAGCAGCUGGUGGAAGGCGGUAGGAUGGUGUAUUCUACGUGUUCACUAAACCCCAUUGAAGAUGAAGCAGUCAUAGCAUCUUUGCUGGAAAAAAGUGAAGGUGCUUUGGAGCUUGCUGAUGUGUCUUCUGAGUUGCCAGGACUAAAGUGGAUGCCUGGAAUUACACACUGGAAGGUAAUGACGAAAGACGGGCAGUGGUUUACGGAGUGGGAAGAUGUCCCUCACAGCAGACAUACCCAGAUCCGGCCCACCAUGUUCCCGCCAAAGGACCCCGAGAAGUUACAGGCGAUGCAUCUAGAGCGUUGUCUUAGGAUAUUACCGCAUCAUCAAAAUACUGGAGGGUUCUUUGUGGCAGUAUUAGUGAAAAAGUCUUCAAUGCCCUGGAAUAAACGUCCACCAAAGCUGCAGGGCGAGCCGGUGGAGCCCAGAGAGCCUGUGCGGUCCAGCCCUGCACACCCCACGGGAGGAGCAGCUGCGGACCCCGCUGAGCCGGAGAGGAAACCCGUCAGUGGGAUGGACGACACAGACGUAACGGAAAGACCCGAGAAUGUAGAGAGCAGCAGAAGUAAGAAGGACGGAGUGUGUGGCCCUCCUCCAUCUAAGAAAAUGAAGUUGUUUGGAUUUAAAGAAGAUCCGUUUGUAUUUAUUCCUGAAGAUGAUCCAUUAUUUCCACCUAUCCAGAAGUUUUAUGCGUUGGAUCCUUCGUUCCCAAAGAUGAAUUUGUUGACAAGGACUACGGAAGGGAAGAAGAGGCAGCUCUACAUGGUCUCCAAGGAGCUGAGGAACGUGCUGGUGAACAACAGUGAGCGGAUGAAGGUUAUAAACACUGGGAUAAAAGUGUGGUGUCGGAAUAACAGUGGUGAAGAGUUUGAUUGUGCUUUCCGGUUGGCACAGGAGGGAAUAUACACGCUGUAUCCGUUUAUUAAUUCAAGAAUUAUCACUGUAUCAAUAGAAGAUGUUAAAAUUCUAUUAACCCAGGAAAAUCCAUUUUUUAGAAAACUUAGCAAUGAGACCUACAGCCAGGCCAAGGACUUGGCCAAGGGGAGCAUCGUCUUGAAGUAUGAGCCGGACCCUACGAAACCAGACACCCUUCAGUGUCCCAUUGUGUUAUGUGGAUGGCGGGGAAAGGCCUCCAUUCGGACUUUUGUGCCCAAGAACGAACGGCUUCAUUAUCUCAGGAUGAUGGGGCUGGAGGUGUUGGCAGAAAAGAAGAAGGAAGGGACUGUUCUGGCUCAGGAGGGCGCAGGCAGCUCUGGGCCGCCGGAGGACGAGGUGAGUGCAGAGCACGGAGCAGAGCCAGCCGCCAGCACGGACACCCGCGCGCAUGCCGCCUCGGGUCCCUCGGACCCUGCCCCAGCAGAAGCCGCCCUGUCCCGGUGAGGAGGCCCUGGCACCGUCCGCACGGGCAGCCUGCAGGGGCCUCCGCCUCGGUGUUCAAGGCCGGGCCCAAACUUCUGACCUGUAAGUACAGGUUUUUGAA